AUGGCUGAGGAGGUGGCCAAGGCUAACACACACAACGUCAUGCAAUUUGAUCGCGAAAGAUUCUGUUUCAUGGUGCAGGAAAAGAUUAAUUACAACGAUGGUCGUCCAACGGGUACUUUCAGGGUUGACUUGAGGAAUCGUUUGUGUGACUGUGGAAAAUUUCAAACAUUUCACUUGCCUUGCUCCCACGUGAUAGCGGCAUGUUCUAGCAUACGACAAGACUACACAAUACACAUUCCAGAGGUCUUCACAGUACUUAACGUAUUCAAGGUCUACAAGGAAAGCUUUCUGGGACUACCGCACGAGGAGAACUGGCAAAAAUAUGAAGGUUUCACUCUGUGCCACGACGAUUCAAUGAGAAGAAAUAAAAAGGGGCGUCCAACCAGUAGUAGAAUUAGAACUGAGAUGGACGAGCUCGAAAAAGAGAAGAGAAGGUGUGGGAUUUGCAGAGAUAUAGGACAUAUGCGUAGAAAAUGUCCCAACGUUGCUGGUCCGUCAAACCGACCGAAUAGAUAA